AUGCUGAGGAUGAAGCUGCCGCUGAAGCCGACGCACCCCGCCGAGCCGCCGCCCGAGGCGGAGGAGCCCGAGGCGGAUGCGCGGCCCGGAGCUAAGGCACCGCCGCCACGCCGCCGCCGCGACUGCCGCCCCCCGCCUCCCGCGGGCCCGCUGAGGGGCCACCCGCCGCCGCCGCCGCCGCCGCCGCCCCGGGGGCUCGGGCCGCCUGUUGCUGGCGGAGCGGCGGCGGCGGGGCCGGGCAUGCCGGGCGGCGGCGGCGGCCCCGCGGCGGCGGCGCUGCGCGAGCAGGAGCGGGUGUACGAGUGGUUUGGGCUGGUGCUGGGCUCGGCGCAGCGCCUGGAGUUCAUGUGCGGGCUGCUGGACCUGUGCAACCCGCUGGAGCUGCGCUUUCUGGGCUCGUGCCUGGAGGACCUGGCCCGCAAGGACUACCACUACCUGCGCGACUCGGAGGCCAAGGCCAACGGCCUCUCGGAUCCGGGGCCCUUGGCCGACUUCCGAGAGCCCGCCGUGCGCUCGCGGCUCAUCGUCUACCUGGCGCUGCUGGGCUCGGAGAACCGCGAGGCCGCCGGCCGCCUGCACCGCCUCCUGCCCCAGGUGGACUCGGUGCUCAGGAGCCUGCGCGCGGCCCGGGGCGAGGGCUCGCGGCGGGGCGGCGUGGAGGACGAGCCCGGCGAGCACGGGUUGGACGGCGCUGGCGAGGAGGAUGCCGAGAAGGACGGCUCCGGCCCGGAAGGCAGCGGCGCCGAGCCCCGGGCCGGCGAUGGGCUGGGCUUCAGGGCCCAGGAGGAACUGCUGUUGCUCUUCACCAUGGCUUCGCUGCACCCGGCCUUCUCCUUCCACCAGCGGGUCACCCUGAGGGAGCACCUGGAGCGGCUCCGCAGCGCGCUCCGCCGGGGCCCCGAGGACGCGGAGGCGGAGGUGGAGCCGUGCAACUUUGCUGGCCCCAGGGCCCAGAAUGACUCUGCUCAUGGUGAUUACGUGCAAACUAAUGAGGCCAGUUUAAUAGAUCACGCCCCAAUACCUCAUGACGGACUUACUGUGGCACCUCAUAGAACCCAGCGAGAAGCUGUACACAUUGAGAAGAUAAUCUUGAAAGGAGUACAGAGAAAAAGGACUGACAAAUAUUGGGAGUACACCUUUGAAGUAAAUUGGUCUGAUCUUUCAGUCACAACGGUAACAAAAACCCACCAAGAACUACAGGAUUUUCUACUGAAGCUUCCCAAGGAACUGUCUUCAGAGACUUUUGACAAGACCAUCCUGAGAGCCCUGAAUCAGGGGUCACUGAAGCGGGACGAACGGCGACAUCCUGAUCUGGAGCCCAUCUUAAGGCAGCUAUUUUCAACCUCAUCACAAGCUUUUCUCCAGAGUCAGAAAGUCCACAGCUUUUUUCAAUCCAGAUCCUCAGACCCUCGACACAGUCUCAAUAAUUUACAACCUUCUCUGAAGACUUCCAAGAUAUUAGAACACUUAAAAGAAGACAGCUCAGAAGCUUCAAGUCAAGAAGAAGAUGUAUUACAGCACACCAUAAUCCAUAAGAAACACACGGGGAAGAGUCCCACAGUGAAUACCAUUGGUACAAGUUGUUCUCCAUUGGAUGGGCUGUCUGUGCAGUAUUCUGAAGAGAAUGGCAUUGUGGACUGGAGGAGCCAAAGCUGCGCCCCCAUUCAGCACCCGGAGCACUGUGCAACCUUACCUGACCAGCAUUCAAGUGAAAAACGAAGCUUAUCUUCAAUAAAUAAGAAGAAAGGAAAGCCACAAGUAGAAAAAGAGAAAAUUAAGAAAACUGACAACAGAUUGAAUAGUAGAAUAAAUGGUAUUAGACUCUCUACACAUCAGCAUGCCCAGGCUGGUUCUGUGAAAGAUGCGAAUUUGGACAUUGGAUCUGGACAUGACACAUGUGGAGAAACAUCUUCAGAGAGUUACAGUUCUCCCUCUAGCCCACGACAUGAUGGAAGAGAGAGUUUUGAAAGUGAAGAAGAAAAAGACAGAGACACAGACAGCAAUUCUGACGAUUCUGGGAAUCCAUUGGCAACCAGGUUUACAACUUACAGCUCUGUUAACCAGGCUGUUCCUGUCCAGCCACCUGUGGAAAUGGCUUCCUUAGGAACCGACAACGGAAGCCUCUUAGACGAUCCCUUAAACUCGCCCAAGUAUCAGCAUAUUUCCUUUAUGCCAACUUUACACUGUGUCAUGCACCACGUUGCCCAGAAGUCUGAAGUUGUCGUUCCUCCCCCCAAAUCUGCUGAUGGCAAAACAAUAGGCAUGCUUGUUCCGAGUCCGGUUGCUAUUUCUGCAAUUAGGGAGUCCACCAGUGCGACCCCUGUUGGGCUAUUAGGACCGGCAGCUGCUGCUGGCGAAUCAGAAAAGCACCUGGAACUGCUGGCUUCCCCUCUGCCUUUUCCAUCAGCGUUCCUUCCUCAUAGCAGUACUCCUGCUUUGCACCUAACAAUUCAGAGGCUGAAGCUGCCGCCGCCCCAGGGAUCUUCCGAGAGCUGCCCGCUGAACGUCCCUCAGCAGCCAGCUGGGAGUCUGAGCAUCGGAUCACCAAGCACGGCCUUCAUUCCUGUCCAUAACCCGGGCAGUUUCCCAGGAUCUCUUGGUGCUGCCACGGACCCCAUCACCAAAUCUGCAUCCCAGGUGGUAGGACUCAAUCAAAUGGUGCCUCAAAUUGAGGGAAACACAGGGACAGUCCCUCAGCCUACCAAUGUGAAGGUAGUUCUUCCAGCAGCUGGCCUCUCAGCUGCACAGCCACCAGCUCCCUACACCCUCCCGGGCUCUCCCCUUGCUGCCAGUGUGUUACCCAGCCAGAAUUCCAGUGUGCUCAGCACGGCGUCCACCUCCACCCAGUCCGCGGGAGCCGGCAUGAGUCAGGCCCAGUCUGCAGUCCCUCCUGCGGUUCCUACCCACACCCCAGGCCCCGCCCCCAGCCCAAGCCCUGCUCUGACACACAGUACUGCACAGAGCGACAGCACCUCUUACAUCAGUGCUGUGGGAAACACGAACGCUAAUGGGACAGUGUUGCCACCACAGCAGGUGGGCUCAGGUCCUUGUGGUUCUUGUGGGCGAAGGUGCAGCUGUGGGACCAAUGGAAACCUUCAGCCAAAUAGUUACUAUUAUCCUACUAACCCAAUGCCAGGACCUGUGUACCGACUCCCAAUCUUCCCUCUGCCAUCCUUCUGCAAUGGCAGCUACCUCAACCAAGCACAUCAGAGCAAUGGAAACCAACUUCCUUUCUUUCUGCCUCCGACACCAUAUGCAAAUGGACUGGUGCAUGACCCUGUCAUGGGGAACCAAGCCAGCUAUGGCCUGCAGCAGGUGGCAGGAUUUGGGAGAUACUAUCCCGUAUAUGCAGCACCCAGUGUAGUUGCCAACACGAGUGGUUCAGGGCCCAAGAAGAAUGGGAGUGUUUCAUGUUACAACUGUGGUGUAAGCGGACACUUUGCACAGGAGUGUAAGCAGUCGUCCAUGGAGGCCAGUCAACAAGGCACUUACAGACUGAGAUACGCACCUCCCCUCCCCCCUUCUAAUGAUACGUUGGACUCUGCAGACUGA